AAUAACAAGCAAUGAUUUUAAUGAUGGACCAACUUACUUUCCACUCAACAAGCUAAGAGGGAAAGAACAGAGAUGUGUGAUUCUCCCCAUUCCCCACUCAUCAGGCCGAGAAAGACUUGUGCCACAUUGUUGCAUUUAUUUGGUGCACGGUUAGGAUUUAUAUUGUUUAUUCAGCAGAUUUUCAAGUAUAGUCGACAUCACUCAUAACACAAUACUUAAAUUUAAGCUACAAUUCCAAAAUUUGCUGACAUCGCGAAAACUUUACGCAGUUUUUGACAAGACUGCCGAACAAGGGGAAAGUUUCUUUCGCGUUCGCUUUACAAGUCAAGUUUUAUUUCAAGAUGGAUCAUAGACAUUCUGAAAGUAAACGUCAUGCACAUAUACAGGAUUCUGUUGGUGUGUCUGUGGCCCAAUCCAAUGGAGAAGAAGGUGUCAUGAACACUGGAUAUUACACAUUACCAGCAUGUCGUUUUACAAUCCUGGUUCAGGUGUUGUUAUUUACUGACUUGGUGUCCUCUGUUGCACUAUGGCUUUGUGGUGGAGACAAUGAGUACUUGGAGGACAAUGUGAUGCAAUUCAAGAUAAAAGACUCGGUGUUUGACUUGGCGGCAAUAGCAUUUGUGAAGUGCAGCAUUCUCUUCUUUUCUUAUCACUGGUUAGAAAAAUUGUCCAUGAAGCAGAUUGAUUACCCUUAUGACAGAAAACUUGCAUCAAGGAAAUGCUGGUGCCAUUUUCUUGCAAUUUUUUUGAGUCUCGGGUCUCUUGCUUACAGUGUAACAAAAGGUGUUCUUAUUUAUAAAGUAAGAUCACAGAAAGAGCAUAAACUCCAUCCAACUUACUUUGCCCUGGUCAUAAGUGCUGUCGCAUUUUCCUUCUUGGAAACUGUGUUUGCACUCAGUAGUUUUGUUGCUAUGAGACGACUGAAAUUGCUGCGAAUUCUUCAUACUCCUAAUGAUACUGAAGCCAAAAGGAAGCCAAAGGUCAAUUUAGGAAGAUUGAUGACUCUGGCCAAACCAGAACUUCUGUUACUGUUGAUAGCAUCUUUGGCUUUGUUGGCAUCCAGUGGGGCGCAAAUUGCAGCUCCUUUCUUUUUUGGUAAAGUAAUUCAGGCAGCAACAGAGAAAGGCAUGAAGCAUUUAAAUGAGACCAUCAUGAUCCUUGCCCUUGUCUACCUUGGUGGUGCAUUUGCUGCUUUGGUAAGAGCUUGGCUCUUUACCUUAGCUGGUCAGCGGCUUGUGGCUAGGAUAAGAAAGAAGCUGUUUAAUGCUAUUAUGUGUCAAGAAGUGGCAUUUUUUGACAAUAACCGGACUGGUGAACUUAUCAACCGACUGUCAUCAGAUACUCAAGUCAUUCAAAAUGCCCUAACAGUGAAUGUCUCCAUGUUACUGCGGUACAUAUUCCAGAUCAUUGGCUCCUUGGUUUUUAUGUUUACUCUGAGUGCCAAGUUGACUGCAGUUCUUAUAUCUGUUGUUCCCAUUGUGGGAAUUGGUGCUCAGCAAUAUGGAAGUUAUGUACAAAGAUUAAGGAAGAAAUUUCAAGAUGAGUUAGCCGCAGCUUCUGCUACUGCAGAAGAAUCAAUUGGGAACAUACGUACAGUGCGAUCAUUCUCUCAAGAGCGUAAAGCCAUGGGAAACUAUGGGACUGAUAUUGAUAAGAGUUACAAAGUUGGAGCGAAACUUGCCCUUUUUUCAGGUUUAUUUCAAGGUGUCAUUGGUAUUAUUGGUCAGGGUGCUGUUGUGUUGGUCUUGUGGUAUGGUGGUAAUCUAGUCAAUCAUGGUGAACUUAAUGUUGGAAUUUUAACAGCAUUUAUGCUGUACACUUUAAAUGUGGCCAUGGCAUUUGCCUUCCUCUCAUCUCUGUAUGGAGACUUUAUGCAGGCUGUUGGUGCAUCAGUGCGCAUGUUUCAGCUGAUGGAUCGCUUACCUGCUAUAAAUGUGGAAGGAGGACAAAAACUUCACUCUGUUAAUCAAACAAUCCAGUUUCAAGAAGUCUGCUUUGCUUACCCAUCAAGACCAGAUACUGAUGUUCUCAAGGAGAUGUCAUUUGAACUAAGACCUGGUCAGACUGUGGCACUUGUUGGACCUUCUGGUGGUGGAAAGUCAACAGUGAUAAGCCUAAUUGAGAGGUUCUAUGAUCCAAAGUCAGGCAUCAUCACCAUUGGAGGAACAAACUUAGGUGAACUGGACCUGUUUUGGAUGAGACGCAAGAUUGCCCUUGUAAGCCAGGAACCAGUUUUGUUUGCCACAACUAUAGCUGGUAAUAUUGCUUAUGGACGUGAUGCCACUUUAGAAGAGAUAGAGGAAGUUGCAAGGCAAGCUAAUGCUCAUGCCUUUAUCGCAGCAUUUGAGGAAGGAUAUCAGACUCAGGUUGGUGAGCGUGGUGUGAAGUUGUCCGGAGGUCAAAAGCAGCGGGUAGCUAUUGCAAGAGCUCUUCUGAUGAACCCUGAUAUUCUCCUACUGGAUGAGGCAACAAGUGCUUUGGAUGCUGAAAGUGAACAUUUUGUGAAGGAAGCAAUUGAUCGGGCCAUGAAGAACAGAACAGUUCUAGUAAUAGCACAUAGGCUGUCUACUGUGCGCAAUGCUGACCAGGUAUUGGUCAUUGAUAAAGGCCAGAUUGUUGAGCGAGGUACCCACAAGGACUUGCUGGCUAGUGAAGGUGUUUACAAGAAACUUGUGUUGCGACAGCUGAGUACAUCCCAAGGUGCCUCUGUAGUAGAUGUUGAGGGUUUUGACCUAGAUCAUUUGGAGACAGGCGAACCUCCCAUUGAUGAAGAGGAAGAAUCCUAGUGUUGUUUCUUCUGUGAUCUUUUUUAACAGCGAACAUUUUAGACAUACAACAAUAAAAAAGUAGUGAAAAGUAGUUGUCCUAAGUGUAGGACAAACAGCUCCAAACACCCAACUGACCAAGAGUAUUGCUGGGAAGGAUCUCUGUGCUAUUGUGUAACCCAAUUUGUACAAAACUUAAUUAAUGCUUCUGUUAGACAACUAUUGACCAUAUUUCUACACUGCAACUAUUAUUGUUACGAAAAUAUAAAGGUCAAUAUUUAGAGGGAGCAUAACUGAUCACUGAUUCAGAGUCAUUAAUUAGUAGUUGUGCUGUGAUCUGUGUUUUGCCUCUGAUACCUGUAAGACAUUAAUUUUUGAAGUUAUUUUUUAUUCAAAAACUUAUUGGUUGUUUAAUACUUAAACUUAGAAGAAUAAUGUAACUCAGGACUAAGUGUGCAGGUUCACUGUAGGAUAGUGCUGGUGUCAUUCCUUUAGGUCAUUCCAUAAGGUCACAUUAAUUGAAAUGUUACACUGUUAGUACGUAAAUGCAGAAUAUUGUUUUUUAUUAGGAAAUAACGAUAAAUAAUUGGCUCUGUGGAAAAUUUAUUGUCAUAAGUCAUCAGUGGGGAACAAGGCAGCAUAAUCCAGACUCUCCCUUGCUACAUCUGGAAGGGUUCAGUUGUUGCCUGUGCCAUCUUGUUUACUUCACUAAUUUUCUUUCAAAUCCACCUAAUAGAAUGCAUUUGUAUGAGCACAAAUAUUUGACAGCUUAUGUCUCAUCAAUUGGCCAUGAUAUAAAUUACUCUGAUAAGUGUUUUCCCUGAUGUUGCCAGCAUCUCAAGGGAGCAUACCACAAUCUGCACAUAAUAAGAGUGCAGACUUUUAAUAAAAAGAGUUACAUCUUUGAGAAUUUCUCCAUUCUUUGUAAUGUUCUAAAUAAGGCUGAGCCAGAACAGACACAAUUCAUUGGCUCUCCAAUUUCUUUGUAAUUUUGUGUUUUAAAGAAGUUCACGGCCUUGACUGCACUUUCAA